AUGCCUUCCAGAAGAAACACGGCUGCUGGCCAGCCUGGAAUGGUCACUCCGACCGAUACGCCCCUGCGACAGACCCGGGCUCGCUCAAAGCUCAACAAUGCCCCUCAACUCAUGACUGGUCUCGAUCAUCGCGGACGAGCCAAGGACCCCCUUGCGACAGACCCCGAAAACAUCAUCUUUGAUGAUGUGGUUAGGAAGCUUCGUCGCAAGAAGAAGAUCAUCUUUCGGCAUAGGUGCGAGACUCCCGAGUCUCCGACUGAUAAUGUCAAGGCUGCGAAGCGUGCCCAGCUGAAAAAGAAGGCUGCCGCGUCAGUCGCUUCUUCUUCUCAUUCUCGAUUCUCGUCCUCUGAUCCGGAUUCAGACGGCGGAGUGCCCCUUUACACUCGGUCCUCCUCCUCAGACUCGGAUGGUGGUGUCCCCCUGACUUCUCGAUCCCCGCCCGAGAGCUCUUCGGACCCAGAUUCAGAUGGCGGCGUGCCCCUCAAUUCUCCAAGCCAGUCUUCUUCUUCUAGCUUUGAGAGUGGUCGUGCCACAUACGGCGACACAGACUCCCCUCUCUCUCGGGGCUCCCCUUGGUCCUCAGGCGCCUCCCGCCGUUCCGGUGCUUCUCACCACUCGCAUCACUCCGGCUCCGGCUCGGAUCCCUCCGGUGCCGGUGCCAGUGCGCCUUUGGAAGAUGAUAACCCAGGUGAGGCCAGCCAGCCUCGAUCUAGUCCUUCCAUUCGAGGUACACCAAACCAGCCUGAGCCCGGUGAAAGACUUCCACCCCGGGCCCCUCACCCUACCCCUGACCCAGAUGCCGGCGAGGACACUCCCAUGGAGGACGGCAUCGAACCGAUGAAGAGCCUUCCCCUUCGUCCUAGCAAGGCUGUCCAAGGUUACGAGUUUCGGGAUUGGUUUGCGAGCCGACUUGGUGAAUCACCCACAAUGGAGCCCAGUCCGGAAGACGUCAAGUUGACUACCGUCAACAAGAGAGGUAGGGUCGUUGCCGCAGUAGGCGAUUCCAACCCACCAGCACUUUCUGGCGAUGACGAUGACGAACCACCUCGGAGAGCCACACGUCGCCCCCGGCGCGGCUGCGCUGCCGACUCUCUCCGUAAGCGACGACGAUCUAAAGACGACGGCAGCGCUCCCCAGACAGCCAAGAAGCGCCGAGUGGAGGAGCCUAUUUCCUUCUCUCGUACGUUCAGUCUCCCUUUCGACGACGGCGAGAGCGAUAUCGGGCCCGAUAUUCUCGACCGCGUUGAUGAAGAGAGUAACGACGUUUUCUACUCCCCCGAGUCUAUCCCUGUCACCGAGCAGACGGAUAUCAACCCGAUCCCUUCACCGGUGCUCACCACUACCAAGAUCCCCGGACUUGCCUUCCUGGAGACCCAGAAUGUAAGCAUCACCACUGACAAUGCGAGCCCCAAGGUUCUAACACCUAUUGAGCCCCCGGCUGAUUUCGAUAGCGAGAUUCCGGGGCUCUAUGGGUCUGGUAAGAGACCGCGCCUGCACUAUGACUGGUAUGAACAGUACCAUCGGUUUGGCCCCGACUGCCAAAAGGUCCACGGCUGUAAACACGGCCAAUUCUGCCACGAGUGCCACGCCGACUGGCACAAGGCCUGGUCUCAUUUCUUCAAGAGACAAGACGAGGUUGACGCCGAGGUGGCUGCGACGGCCAACUAUGACAUCCGCAAGGGGUAUUUAGGGACAGCAUUAGGAUUCGAACAUGCACCAAAGCCGGUGAUUGAACCAAUCCCUCCCCGUGGAGGCAAGAUCCGAACUCAUCCUGCUCGGAUCGCCAAGGAGAAGCUGGCUUUGAUGAAGAAGAUGGCAGAAUCUGGUUGA